GAGCGGCUUAGGUGAAGCAAUUCUGAGAUCUCUCUCUCUCUCUUUCUUUGUUCUGUAUUUGUGAUUAGAAAUGGUUGAUGAUAAAGAACCUGAAGUUGCUGCUGCUGCCGUUGAGGAGGCGCCUGCUACGGAAGAGGAGACCAAGCCGACUGAGAAGCCGGUGAAGGAGAAGAAACCCAGGGUUCCUAAGGAGAAGAAGCCGAAACAACCCAAAACUGCUUCUCAUCCUCCAUAUUUUCAGAUGAUCAAGGAGGCUCUGUUGGCGUUGAACGAGAAGAGUGGUGGAUCAAGUCCAUACGCCAUAGCUAAGUACAUGGAAGAGAAGCACAAGGCAGUGCUUCCUGCAAAUUUUAAGAAAAUUCUAGCUUUACAAUUGAAGAACGCGACUUCCAGAGGUAAACUGAUAAAGAUCAAAGCCUCUUAUAAGCUCUCAGAGGCAGGCAAGAAGGAGAAGAGCACAGGAAAGAUGCCAAAGGCAAAGGGUAAAGCAGAGAAGAAAGCUAAAGAAACCAAUACAAAAGCUACUACUACCCCCACUAGAAAGACAAGGUCUGUGAACAAAAGUGAAGCUGCAAAGAAGCCUGCAGCGAAGAGAGUGGGAACAAAGAAGGCAAAGAAAUCAACCCCUGCGAAACCGAAACAGCCCAAGUCAAUCAAAUCUCCUACCGCCAAGAGAAUGAAGAAAACUGCAGGUGCUACUGCUUCUUAGAUGUAAAAGAUUAGGAAGUGGUGAUAUAAUAAUGUUGGGGGGCUUGCAUGCGUCAUCUGUAAGUAAGGGAUAAGUGGGGGUGUGAUUGUAUAUCUGCAAAAAUUAUGGUUAAUGGAACUCAGUUUUGGUUUGGUUUGUUUUGA